AUGCUUCCCUUAACCGAUCAACAAUUGUCUGCCGGCGCCGCUGCAUGCCUAGAGUUACAAAGAACAGCGCAAGAUAUCCACUCGAAACGACCGUUUGCCGCGUUGCUGCUGGCGCCAGAUAAUAGCACCAUUGUGAUGUCCUCUCUGUCUCUGUCGCACGUCCGACACGCCGAAGCUGAACUGGCUCGCAACGCGGCGGAUAAUUUCGCGCGCGAGUAUCUCGCCCAGUCGACGCUCAUCUCCACCUGGGAGCCUUGUGCGAUGUGCGCGGGCACGGUUUACUGGGCGAACAUCGGACGGUUGGUGUAUCUGGCGUCGGAGAAAGCCUUGCAAGGCAUUGUCGGGGAGGGAAAUCCCGAGAAUCUCACAUUAGACUUGCCUUGUCGGACGGUCUUCCAAAGUGGCCAGACUGAGGUGGAAGUUAUUGGGCCGGUGAGUGGAUGGGAGGAGAAGGUGGUGGCGGACAUGAGACCUAACCCACAUUCCUCAUCUCUCGGAGACACAACUACGAUCGUAAUACCGAAAAUUCUGCUCCUUAGUCAAUCAUCUUACCAAGCACUCUACGGCUUGGUUUAUCUCUUCAACGAGGCCUUCCCGGUCGUCUUCGGUCCUGGCAAGGGCCACGGCUUCAACAUCGGCGAGCAGGGCCUCGCCUUCCUCUGUAUGGCCAUCGGCCCCAUCAUCGCCUUCUGCUUCUAUCCCCUCCAAGAACGGUACUACCUGCGCCGAGUCAAAGAAAGCGACGGCAAGGGCGUCCCCGAAGCACGCAUGUGGAUGGCCCGGCUAGGAGCGAUAUUUAUUCCGAUCAGUCUCUUUUGGUUCGGCUGGACAAGCUACCGAUCCGUGCACUGGAUCGUGCCCAUCAUCGCCUCGUCUUUCAUUUGA